AUGUCUGGCUCCUCCAGCAUCACCGCUAGGAAGAAAGUGGUUCAACAGCUCCGGCUGGAGGCUGGGCCCAACCCGGUUUCCCAGGCAGCUGCAGAUCUGAAACAAUUCUGUCUGCAGAAUGCUCAACAUGACCCCCUGCUGACUGGAGUAUCUUCAAGUACCAACCCCUUCAGACCCCAGAAAGUUUGCUCCUUUUUGUAGUAAAAGGAAUUUUGAAGGUGUUCUAAACCACUUUUCUUGAACCAGUGAAUAUUCAAAGAGAGCUAAAUCUGAAGCCUGUAUGAAAAGCUUAUCCUAUGAUAUGUGCCACACUAUACAAACUUCUGCU